CGGUCGGACUUCAUUUAAGAGGCGUUUAAUUGCACUCAGCUCGUAAUUAAGCUACAAUAAUGUGUAAUUGUAAUGAAAUUAGACAGGCCUAACUGUUUCAGUGAAUAAUAUUGAUAUUUUGUAUACAUUUUUGUAACUUUUUAUCUAACAUGUACUCUGGUAACGCCUCCUUGUCGCUUUCUGUUUGAUACCAAAGUCCAAACGUCAGAUUAGCUCGUCGAGAGUUCACCGGGUCAAAGUGUCUUUUACCGGACAGCUCACACCUUGAUUUAACCACAGUCUGAUUCCCACCGACUGUUAACGCAUUACGGGAUUAACGUAAGAGUAAAAAAAGUGUUUUCUACGGGGAGCAAAAUGAGUGGAAGAGGAGAAACAACCGAGGGAACAUCCAGAGCUUCAGUUUCCUCCCCGGCUAACGCUACAGAUCAACCAAAGAAGAUGAAAAUCAUUAAUAUAGUUUACCUAAUCGCUGCUUUGGAUAUUACAUGGAUGUUUUUACAGUUUUCUGUCACACCUUAUUUGGCAAAGAAACUUGGCUUCGACACCUUGUGGUUUGGUUAUUUACAAACCACGGUCGGUGUAAUCCAGCUGAUUGGGGGUCCAAUGUUUGGAAGGUUUGGAGAUAUCUUCGGAGCGCGAGCAGCUUUAUCUCUGGCGUGUUCUGCAACAGUUGUUUUCUUUCUGCUGCUCGCCAUCGCAGAGAAUCCGGCCAUGCUGUUCAUCCACAAGCUCCCCACAGUCUUCAUGCACGUUUUACCUGCGUCUCAGAUGGUCGUCGCUGACCUAACAGAACCUGACAAACGGGCAGACGCUUUAUCCAAACUUGGUCUGUGUUUUGGCGUCGGUAUGAUCGUUGGCUCCACGUUGGGCGGCCAUCUGAACACACAAUAUGGGGAGAGAUUUACUGCAUGUUUCGGUGCUGUGGGGAGUGCCUUCAGUCUACUAUUGGUUUUAAAGUUUAUCCCAAAAACCACCAAAAGUCAAGCCCCAAAAACCAACACAGACACUGCAGGUGACAACCAGAGCAAAUCUGUGUUCAACCUGAGAGAAAUCACAAGACUGAUGAAGUUUCCAGGUGUGACGAGGACUUUUAUUGUGAAAAUAGUUGCAGGUUUUCCAUCAGGAAUUUUUCAGGUGAUGUUCUCCAUCAUUGCUUUGGAAUUCUUCAAGCUGGAACCGCAGGAGAACGGUUAUCUGUUGGCUUACUUUGGCAUCGCCUCAAUGGUCAUUCAGGGCGGAGUCAUCGGGCGUAUGACGGCGAGAUACUCUGAGAACUCGCUUUUACUUCUGUCCAUCGCAGUCUCUUCUUUAGUGGGACUGGCUCAGGCUUACAUGCAGAACGUGUUCCAGUUCUGCCUCACUGUCGUCCCGAUGAUGUUUUCUCUCAGUAUGUUCGGAGUCAUCACAGACAGCAUGCUCACCAAGAGCGUCCCGUCCUCCGACACAGGCACCAUGAUGGGUCUGUGUGCAUCCGUCCAGUCUCUGCUGCGAACAUUCGGGCCUACUGCUGGCGGCUUCCUGUACGUGAACUACGGCAUCUCCUCCAUCGGUUUAACUCAGUUUGUCGUGAACAUCGGCGUGUUUGUGCACCUGCUGCAGCGUCACCUCAGGAGGACGGACGAGCACAAGGAAUGAACUCACUUAGUAUUCAAAAAAACCUUCUUUUUUCAUCUCUAAUGUGUCCGGAAACUGACAGACGAGAUGGAACUUCAAAUGAUUUUAAAUAAUGGGAAAAGGUCUUCAUCAUUAUUCACAUGUUGCUUUGUUUUAUCUGUGGAGGAGAUGCAGGACUGAACCACUAGAUGGCAGCAAACCCUCCAGUUUCCAGGGUUCAUCAUACACAUUAAUUACACAUUAAAAAUCAAUUCAACUCUAAAAAUGAUUUUAUUAAACAUAAUCAAUGAAAGAUUAAAUAUAAGACCAAUCAAAAUCACUCCUAAUUGCACAUAGUUAUAUCAGAAAAGCUUAUUUUCUUAAAUGCAUUGUUUUUCAUUAAAUCUUUUAAUAAACAUUUAUAUUUUUUUACAAGUUCAAUUAAAAGGCAGUGAAGUAUUCCAGACUUCACUUUAUCUUAAAGAGCUGCUGCUUCAACUCACUCUUAGUGAGUUUUAGUGUCUCAUGAUGAUCUAAAUGCUUCUUCAGAAAGUCUUUUUUCUCUCUUUCUAUUCUCAGAAUAUUUCAGCCACUUCAGCACAGUGAUACACUGUAGUCCAUUAAAAAAAAAAACUCCUGCAGCUUUAUUCAGCUCAUUAAAACUACUAUAUUGUACCAGAGUUGUGCAGUUGAGAAGACAUACUCCUGUUUUGUCUUUGCUACUUGCAACCAGCAAGGUGGUGGACUUUAUUUUGUUAUUACGCACAGUAGUAGAAGUAAAAGAUGUUGCAUUAUUGACAUUGACAAGGGUUUAUAUAAGCAUGCAAAAUUAAUAAAAAAAAAAAAUGAAUGCAUUCUGUAUCAAAGUAAAUUUUACCUGUAUGAGCUGUAAAUGGUGUCAAUGGCCAAUAAUUCAAAAUCUCUUGACUCUUUUUAACAAUAAAAAGUCAAAGACUGAGGGACUUGAAUAUUUUACUGAAACUAAUUUAUUUACAAUCAAAAAACAGCCAGGUCACGUGUUGUUGUUGGAAUGUUUGUCUGGGAUUAGUGUUUUGUUAAGCCUUAUCCUGUUACUUUUACCUAACAUUUGUGCCUAACCUGAACCAAAGUGCUUGAUCAUGUUUGGCGGUCAUCACAUGCCAAUAUUUAUUAUGACAAUUUGGUUGAAAAUGAUCCGGUAUUGCACAAGAAAAUCUCAAAUAUUAAGACAAUUUUGUGUAGCAGAACUUUCUUUCUUCUUCUUCUUUAUUUCCUACCCUCAGAUCCCAUUUUUGGAACCACUGGAGUACUUAUGUAAAGUAGACAAAUUACCUUUACAAUAGUCAAAUUCUGCUUGAGUGCCAAUGCUUAAUAUUUAAAUUAUGUAAUCUAUAAUAAUGUAGCUGUUUCAGGGGGUAUUAGUUCUGCAGAAUGAGUAAAUGCAGGAUUUUUACUGUACUGUAGUACUUUUUCAUUGUUGUAUUGUUACUUUUAGUAAAUUAAAGGACUUAAUUACUCCCAACGGUCAACAA